AGCUCCGCCUCCUCCGAGCUGUCAGUCUGGCAUCUGGGUCUCUGCCUUCCCCAGUCUGCAGGACCAGCAGCUGCACUGAGACGCAGAUUUCUGCCAAUACGCACAUUGUGUUCCAGGGCACAUCCUCAGAAGAGAAAAUGAAAUCGACCAUUGGUAUAGCGGUCCUUCUGACAGUGCUCCAAAUCGCAUGUUGCCAGAGGAUCAAAAGCUUGACGGCUUGCUUGACCGGACAGAGCCUCCGUUUGGACUGUCGCUAUGAGAGGAAAACCAACAACGCCCUGACCUAUGAAUUCCGCUUGAGCAAGGACACCACGGAAGGGGCGGUGGUGGCCGGCAACUGGAACACGGCCAGCAGCAUCUACAAGAGCCGCACCAACAUUACAGUAACUGACAACCUGGUGUGCCUCUACCUCCAUGGCUUCACCACUGCCGACGAAGGAGUCUACAUCUGCAAGCUGAAGAUCACCAACGAUUACGGGACCCAGGCCAAGAACAUCACUGUGAUCAAAGAGCGGCUGGAAAAAUGUGCCGGCAUCAGCCUCUUGAUCCAGAACACCUCUUGGCUGCUUCUGCUCCUCCUCUCGUUGCCUCUCUUGCAAGCUGUGGAUUUUGUGUCUCUGUGAAGGAAGGAAGGAAGGAAGGAAGGAAGGAAGGAAGGAAGGAGCAAAGUGGGGACGGGAAAGAAGGAUCACGCAGGAAAUGGACCUAAACCUCUCCAUGGAAUGUGGCCCCUUUUUUUGUCACUGUUUUGUUUUGGAAAAGAGGCAACCGUGGAAGAUGACAAUUUGACGCCGAACCCAGAUUGUAUCGCUCAGUAUUAUCUCUUUCGCUAGAUAUAUAUAGCCACAUAGCUAAUGGGAGUGAUGGAUUCUGCACUACCUGCCGCCAUCACCCGCAAGCAUCGCAUCAUGGGGACAGGGGGGUUGUGAGGAUAGAAAGAGGAUCUUUAGCACAAUAUCAAGAGGUCCAGUGCAAAGUGAAACAGCCUUCCCCAUGGCACUGCUUUUUCAUUCCGUGCUGUUAAAUAUAUCUAUAUAUCUAUAUAUCAUUUUCUCUCUUCAGUCCCACUUACCUACUCAUCCACACUGCCUGCCCAAAAGAUGGGUGAAAGGAAGCCAUUUUGCUGGGCGUCGCUUGUCUUUAUUCUGUUUUGUCUUCCCAGUUAUUUGAGUUGCUGGAUUAGAGAUUUGACCGAGGGAUAUGAUUCAAACAAUCUUUGACAUGUG